AAUUGACAACGUUUUUCUUGACACUCGACGUGUCUUCCUUGCAGACUUGAUCGUGUCCUCUCCUCGAUACCUUGCGCUCGAACCAGCCGUGUCUCACGCGAAAUGCCUCAUUCGAUGCGAGGCCAAGCUCAACACUGGUUGUGUGCUGGAUGUAAUCGACGAAGCUGAGUUGCACGACGCUAUCCCACGUUAGACAUCAGGUGGUUAUUCUACUCGGCCCUGGCCAUGUAGGGUCUAAGUGUGUCCGCAAGAGAAGGAUAGUGUUUGUCAAGGAUGGAUGAGAUUUGGCUCUGGCUCACUUCGUGCGUGUGAAAGGCCCAGUGUCGGCUUGAUUCCUGGGAUCCUAGCGCAGGCGACAGUCAAGGGAAUCGGGAGCCUUGUCGAACCAAGAACCAAGCUUCAACGUCAUGUCGUUUGUACCGUUUCGAGAUUGCUGCAACAGAACGCGCGGUCGAAUGUCCUGGCGUUUCCUUCACGUUCAGGGAGGCGGAGCAGCGGCUCACUUACAAAUUCAGCAUGCAUCACAAAUCAGCCGAAUGGUGCCAAAUACACCGCGACGGUGAGGGAUAGCUCCAUCAUUGAUUCGACUAGGACAACGUCGUCCUCACGGAUGAGAUCGCUGGAUUCCUUUGCUGGAGGAGUAUGAUCAGGCGAAGACAGCCAGGACUUGUCACUGAUUCGCAUGGUGCACAUCACCGAAAAGAAUACGAGUGUUGAUCGAUUCCAGGCUGUCAAAACCGAUGGUGUGCACGCGGAUAAUCAGUCUGUCAAGCAUCAUACCUCACCUCCAGCGACUAGCAAGUGGGAGGCAUCUGCGCAGACUGUUUUCUGCACGAUGAGUCCGCACCUGUUUGGGAUAAGAGCCAGGGCCACGACAAGAAGUCAAGCACGCGGUUCCCCAUACUUGAGCGCGCUUGGAGACUCGGCCAAGCCCAAAGCUGCAUCAUUGCCUCGGGGCAAAAUUAACUAGAAUAUUGACGGUCUGGGAGAGAUGAACGAGACUCUCUUCGCCUGGUGGAGGCUAAACCCCAUCUUGGUUCCCAUCACGACCCUGAUUCCUUCCAGCUGAGGUCUUACAAGGCAUAUGCUCC